GCGAAAUCACAGUUCACUUUAUAUUCAAGCCACCCCCUCUUGUUUCAUUAAGCACAUUCUACCUUUGAAAGUAAUCCCCCAAUCCAAUAUCAUAUUUCAGGUGCAACAGUCCAGCCUAAAUUCGGACGGAUGUUCAACUAACUGCCAUAUCUUGAAGCCCAAAUUACAUCAGAAUUACGUAAAUUACAUCACAAUUUAUUAACAAUUGCGUAACAACAGUGACAAUCUGUUAUUUUGGAGCAUAACAAACUUAAUUUUCGGUUUGUUGGCCCUUCGGCGUUUUGGCCAGCCUACCACCUAUAUUCAAUAUCUGUCACUGGGCGUUACUCUCUAAUUCAAUUUUGUCGGAUUAGAACGAACUAUACCAGAUUUACAAAAAAAAGACACAUUUAUACGAAUUCUGCAAUUUUGGUAGUUAAGAAAUUUGAAGAAUUUUAAAAAAAGUUUAUCUACUAUGAAACGGCUAGCUCUUACUUACAGCUCUUUUCUUUAAUGAUUUUUGCCAGCUGCGCUUUAAAGCGACAGCAAAAGUCCACGGCUUCAUCGCGAAAUAAAAGCGCUCAUAAGUUAGCAUUAGUUGUAAUCUAAUUUGCGAAAUACUAAUAUUAGUACUAUUAUCAAAUAUUAGUAUUUUCAGUUCAUUUGUCCUGAAUUAUUCACUUUAGAAAUCUUUUUCUGCCAAUUUUUCAUACGGCCAAGCCAAAACUAUGAUCUCCACCUUCCAGAAAAAGAGAGUCAGAAUCAUUUCCAAUAACAUACCGAACUGAAAGGAGUCUCCCUCAACUCCAAGGAAAACAAAGACAGAAGUGUCUGGAAGUGGGAUUUCCAAACACCUCCAAUGACCCAAGAGAGCUAUAGAAAUGAAGCCAUGUUUAUCAUUCACCCUUCAUGAAGCCACAAAUCACUUACAACUAGAUUAAACUCGACUUAACUUUUUUCUCAUUUUGAACAAUAAAAGUCAAAUUUCUUAUGCCAAUAUAGUGCAAUCGUGAACCAGCUACAUACCAGAUAUGAAUACCUAAUGUUUGGACCAUUGAUUAUGUUAGAUUUCUGUCUUUUUCACAACUUGUAGUUGUCAAUCUCUUCCAUACAAGUCUUUAGAUUAAGAAAUCGAACAGGCAAAGACGUAAAGCAUUAGAAACUAAACAAGAUUAACUUGUAGCAAAUUUCCAACAUUUGGGAAAUAAUUCGCUUUUUCGGCGAAGUUUCCUCGAUAUUUCCUUGGUGGCUUAAGUUUCUUAUUACCAGCAUUUUUGUUAUUAGGGAACAUUUGUUAUCUCAUAAAACGUAUCUUAUCCCCUGAAACGGAACAAAUGUUUAACUUCAACUCCUAUUCCAUUCACGCCAACUUAAGUUCCUCGCAUAACGAGUUUAUCUAGAUUCAGCUUCAUUGCGUUUCCAAUAACAAGUAAGUUAAUAUUAAUUCCAAAGAAUUAAACAUCAAAAAAAUGUCAAAUUAAGUACACUUAAAAGCAUUACAAGCUGAUGACUAUAAGCUUUAAAAAAAGUCCAGGUCAUAAUUGUAAAAAAAAAAGCUGUCUAAUGCAAACAAAACCUGAAUUGAAAGCAUUUCCAUUGAGAGAAAACCCACCUACUUGGCACAGAUAAUCGCCGAUAACGAACUCUUGCUGGAGAUAGUUUUUUCACUCGAGCAUACUUCACUACGUAGAAAUUUAACCGCCCCCGGCUCCUAAUUGAUUCAAGAAAAUUUCAGAAAAACGCUGACUGAUACAUAACAUAGCGGAUCAGUUGAAAUUAUCAUCGGAGUUGAAUUGCAUAUUUCACAUCAUUAUUUUGUAUUGUUCGGGGUUUUUUUUUACCCUAGGGGAGAAAUUGUUGUAACUUUCACGCGACAUUUGAUUAAGAAAGAGUCCAUAUUCCAUUAUUAUAUUUCGCCAAAAAUUAUUCGAAUGAAUUAGGAGAGUUACUCAAGAGAGGCUAGGAGGUUCUUUAACUUUUAUCCAGCUAUCUUUUUACAAUCGAUAUGUUGCUUUGUUCAUAAGUCGUAGUGGCCUAUUGAUCUGUCUGGAGAUUUGUGAAGCGAUAUUCAGAGAGCUUCGGAAUUACGAAUUCCAGCUGACAGCAGUGCAAUUGACUUUUUGAGUUUUCCGGACCAGAAACUCAAUCACCAGCCAUUCAAUUAGAAGUUAAUUAUCUUUGACAAUCAAAAUCAACUGCUGUCACACCAUCAAAGGCUACAACGUCAUCAAUCAUGUCAAAUGUUGCCGCGCUUGUUAUUAUUGCUCUUGCCACGUUGCUGCCACUAUUAAACAUGGUUGCCGGCAUGGACCGAGUGGAGUUCAGAAACGAGAACGAUCAGCGGGGAUCUAUUGUGGAGAUGCAAAGAAGAGACGACAACUACCUCAGAGCCACUAAGUCUCUGCCCAAAACUGCCACUCUGCCCAUGAAUGUAUCCGUCACUAUGAGUCUGGAAACAAUCAGUGAGAUCCGAACAACCCAUGCGGUUAUUGACCUCUACAUGUCCGAAAUGUGGAAUGCCGGUGAGACCAUCUCAGGACACCCUCCUCAAAAGCAAAACAACACAAGCUCCCCCUCCCGCCACCCCAAAAAGGUCAAGUUGAGUGGUGAGGGGAGUGAUACAUACACGUGGACUACAGACACUUAUUUCUUGUUGGCCAAGCAUGUCAAGUAUUACACUGAGUCGCAGUAUUUGGUCAUCAAAUCAGACGGAAACAUACAUAGAGGUAAACAUAGUCUGGUCAUUUGAA